AUGUGCUUUGCCAGGAAGCAUAACAAGAAGAGCCUGAAGAAGGUGCAGGACAACUCCACCAAGGCCGUGAGAGCAUGUGCUGAGGCUGUGAAGGCCCUAGUCAAGCCCAAAGAGAUCAGACCCAGUAUACUAAAUGGCGGUAGGUGUAAGCUCAGUCAACUUGGCUACAUUGUUCACCCCAAGCGUAGGAAACAUGUGGGUGCUGUAUUGCCAAGGGUCUCAAACUUUGGCCUCAACCAGCCAAAGGCCAAGGCUCUAACCAAGGCCCAGGCUAUGCCUGUGGCUCAGGCUCCCAAAAGUGCUCCCAAUCCCCCAUAA